AUGUCAGAGCAAUUAAAGUUUAAUUUGCCACAGAUUAAGACAGACCUAAUAAGAGGAAUCAAGGAAUGCAAUUUGCGUGGUCUAAUUCAUUCAAGUAAAUGGCUUUCGGAACUGAACUUUAGUCUUCAGAUACCAAAUUUUGAUGCCAACACAGUUGAUGCUGGUAGUUAUUCAGGAAUUACACAAGAUGAAUUUGAUAAUUAUUUCAUAGCAAAAUCAUAUUUUGAUACACGAGAGUACGACAGAGCUGCAUACUUUGUAAGAAAUUGUGUAUCGUCAGUUCCUCGAUUCCUUUACUUUUAUUCAAUGUAUAUGGCAAAAGAGAAGAAAAGACUCGAUAAUUCGCCAGACAAUUCAACCUUAAAUGGAAGUGCACAACUUAAAGAUCUCAGUGAAUUGAUGUCGGUGCUAAAUGAAGAAUAUAAUCAUAAAAAUCUCGAUGGAUAUGGAUUGUUCCUUUAUGGAAUCAUUUUGAAGAAAUUGGAUCUUACUAAAAUGGCAAUUACAGUUCUCUUAGAAAGUGUUCAUUUGGUUCCAAUAAAUUGGAGUGCUUGGCUGGAAUUAUCUCCUUUAAUUCAGGAUACUGAGCACUUGAGAGGAUUGUCACUUCCAAAACAUUGGAUCAAGUCAUUCUUUAUUGGACAUACUUUCAUAGAAAUCUUUGUUGUUAAUGAAGCUGGAAUAAGUUUAUUUGAGGAAAUACAAAAUGCUGGAUUUGAAAAGUCAGUUUAUGCCACAUCACAAAUAGCUAUAGCUUAUCAUAAUAACCGAGACGUUGACAGAGCAAUCCAAAUGUUUCAGCAAAUUCAGUCAGUCGAUCCAUUCAGACUAGAAAAUAUGGAUAUGUACUCUAAUUUAUUAUUCGUAAGAGAACAAAAGACAGAAAUGGCACAUUUAGCACAUAAAGCAGUUGAAAUCAACAAGUAUCGUCCAGAAACAUGCUGUGUAAUUGGAAAUUAUUAUAGCAUACGUGGUGAACAUCAAAAAGCUAUUCUGUACUUCCAGAGAGCAUUGAAACUUAAUCCAAAGUAUUUAUCAGCAUGGACUUUAAUGGGACAUGAAUUUAUGGAACUUAAGAAUACAAAUGCAGCAAUUCAGAGCUAUCGACAAGCUGUAGAAGUAAAUAGAAGAGAUUUUCGAGCUUGGUAUGGUUUAGGACAAGCUUAUGAGAUUAUAAAAAUGCCGGUUUAUGCACUUUAUUAUUACAAAACAGCCACACAAUUGAGACCGUACGAUAGUCGAAUGCUGCAUGCUUUAGGUGAAAUCUAUGAGAAAUUGGAUAAGAAAUCAAAUGCACUUAAGUGCUAUCAGAAAGCUUGCAAUGUUGGUGACAUUGAAGGAUUUGCAAUGUUGAAACUAGGAAAUCUCUAUGAGAAAAUGGGCGACCAGGAAAAUGCAGUCAGUUCCUACAAAAAUUAUGUUAAUGUUGAACGAUCAACGUCCGAAAAAGCAUCAUUAAUUACAGCAUAUCUUUAUUUAGCUAAUUAUUAUGCUGAAAAGAAGAAUGAUGAUGCGACACAUUAUGCACAUAAAGUCUUGGAAUUAGAUGAGACUAAGCAGGAAGCUAAAGCUAUUUUAAAGCGUAUAUCCAGUGCCAGAGCCAAGCCAGAAAACGAAGAAGAUGACAUAACUGAGGCAAUAAUGGAGUUAGAGCCAGAACCAGAUAUUUUACAGACUGAAACUAGUGGUGAAGAUAUGGACAUGUCACUUGCUUAA